AGCGGGAAAAUGGCAAUGGAGGAAUCGAUCGGAAAAUUCUGCAGAACGGUGGCGAAAUUCUGCAACCACCUUCAAACCAGCUGCACCGCCCUCAAAGAAUCCGUCGACCGCCGUCCCAUUCCCCUAGAUUCUGCAUCAACUACUUUUGUUCAGAGCGUUAAUCGGAGAGUAUCUGCCGCCGGGGACGACUUGAACAUGCUGGAAGCCAUGUCUUUCACCACGGUGUCGUUUGAGGAGCUGUUGGGACACUGCAAUGAGGUCUUGAAGAAGAAUCAGAAUGAUAUUUGUGCUCUCCAGGAUCGCCUCCGUUCCUCUUCCAACUAUAUCCCGCCACUUGAUUUUGAGGAAGAUGAUGUUGUCAACGACUUUGCACUGGAUAAUGUUUCAUUGGGAAGCGACAGUUUAGAACUGAAGAGUGAUGUUGCAGAAGAGGAUCCCUUACUUGAUGAUUCAUUGAGCUUAAAGAAUUUUGGGAUAUCUGAUGUUUGUCUUGCAACCAUUGCAUCUGAAGCUGACAAUAAGGGUUUUCACGUAGAAGCGGAAACACCAGAUGAUUUGGACAGGUAUGAGGAUUCUAGGCAUCUCUUGAAUGUCUCAAGAGAUGAUUAUGAAAGUCUCCCAAAACACAUGAAGGGUUUGGUGUCAUGGGAGGAUCUCUUAAUUGCAGUUGAAAAGAUGAACUCACACAUAGGAACAAAGAAGACAAAACCGUACAGCUUCCAACAGGAUGAUAUUGAAUUGCUAGGAUUGGGUCAUAAAGCAAGAUCUUAUCUACUGCUACUCAUUAAAAUGAAUCAGCUUAGCAUAGAGACGAAUGAAGGUGUGAUUUCCUACAGAGUUCUGUAAACUUGUGGGCAUCAUAUCUAUAAUGGCACCCGCUAUUCUCAUAAGUUGGGUUUUCCUGUUUUGUUCAUAGUAACAGAUACCGGGUAACUAAAAUCUUCAAGCUGCUGGAUUUUCGCUUUGUUUGACUUGUUCUUUCUGAUCCCUCCAUCUCGAUCAUCGCAGGGAUAGUUGUGGCUUUUUCUAAAUGAAUAUUUUCCAUUUCGGUUGUCAAAGCCCUUAAAACUUUCUUAAGGAGAAGUACUUUACAACUU